CUUCCCUUCAAGCAAACCAGAAAUAACACAUAACGCCAUUUUCUCUGUCCCCCCCUCCCUCUCUGCACGGAAAACUCAUACCUCCAUUAAUGCCCGCCUCACAUUUCUGUGUUUUCAAACUACUUCCUCUCUCUAAGCCACUCUCUAUUUCUUCAUAAAAUUCCUCUCUCUCCAUUUGUCGCAUUGUCCUUCAUUGAUGGAUCGAUGAGCUGAGAACUGAGAAGUGAAUGCAGGCUAUGGUUCGCGAGGUGCAACGGUGCGCUAGUCCGUGAUUUCCGAUCUCUGGUAUUGUUUUUAUUUUUGUUCUCCUCAGCCGUUCGUGAGUGAAAUUUUGAAAUGGAGGAGCCUCCUCGUCCCAGAAAAUUCAAACGAGCUUCAGUUUCCUUUGAAGGAAGCAUAAAGGCCCAAGAAAAGAUCACAGCUCCAAAGCCCACUCAUAAUUCCGUCUGUCGUUAUGAUUCAACUGCUAAUGAAGAUAUGUUCAUGAUUGAGUUGGGGGAGAGUGCUUCUAAAAGAGUUAUAGCGAAGCCAGUCAAGAGUUUAAUUGCAAAGGAGAUGUUGAUUCAAGUUGAACCAAAAAUAAAGGAACCAAGUGUCAUUGCCAGAUUGAUGGGUCUUGAUGAUAUACCUUCUCCACAACAAUUUACUAGAGAGCAAAGGAGGCCCCCAGAUAGUUUCAGACAGAGGAAAGAACAAAGAGAGGCCCCAAGGACUAUGCAAAUGUUUGUGGACCAAGCACGUAGAAGGAACUAUACGGAGCAUCAUCAGGUCAAUGAUCUGAAUGAGGAUUUGGAAGCUUCUUAUAUUUCUACCCGGCGCUAUUCAUCAAGAUGGAAUACAAAGCCAGAACAUAACACGAACAUGCCUGAGAUGGCAGUCAUUCAGCAUAAAUAUUUAGAAGCUGCACACCUCUCUGCUGAUGAGAAGCUUCAGAAUUCAAAGCAUUUUCUUGAUAUUCAAGUUGACACUUCUAGUUCUAUGUAUAGUCGCAUAGCUAUUCUGAAACCAGCAACUUCUGCAAAUAGCCAAGGCACUUCAAUACUUGGAAAACCAGGGAGAUGUGGUUCAGGCCAUCAUGAUAUGAAGUUACCAAGGAGAAGAGAUAAUGCUCACUUGCUCCAUUUGCAGCAUCCACAUGGAGGUCACAGUUCUUUCAAGUCGCCUAAGAUUCACGUUAAAGGGAAAAGUGAAAGCAUUUUUCCAACUAGAAUUGUGGUUCUGAAGCCAAACUGUGGGAAGACACACAGUGAUGUUGCUUCUGCUCAAUAUCGCGCUGAAGAAAAGAAGCCUGGAACGCGUCUAAGUUUUGGGACAGGGAAAUCUGGGUCAGCGGAAAUAAAUAACUCUUGUAAAUAUGCACAUGAUUCAAGUUUUUAUUCAAAAGAAGCCAGAGAAAUUGCCAAGCAGAUUACAACGCGCAUGAGAAAUAGUCAUGGACCUUCAGAUGCGCGAAAAGAUUCAAAUUUGGUAUAUUCUGACAUUAUAGGUUAUGCCACUGAUGAGAGCUCAUGUGGUGUGUGUGAAAGUGAUUCUUCCAACGAACUAGACAUGCUGAAACCGUGUUUGGAGAAUUUGUAUUGCAGAACUAACCGAUGCAAAUCUCUGUUAACUGGCACAGUUGAGUCAUCUGUGAGCAAGGAGGCUACGAAGAGGUUAUCUGAAAGGUGGAAAAUGUCUCAAACUUGUCAGGACAUGGAAACAGCUAGCAGGGGAAGUACACUCGGUGAAAUGCUUUCCUUACCUAAUAUAGAAACAGAGUCUGAACGUUUACAUGCCAUGGAGACCUUUGAUGGAAAAAUUGGAGAAAAGUGUACCGAUGCUUGGGAAUAUCCUUUAGGUGUAAGCAGUAGGGAUGCUUGGAAGGAUGGGUACAUUUCCUCCAAGUCCAGAUCACUUUCUCCUCUUGGUAGCCAAAUUCAGGGAAUGAGUACACAACAAGAAGUAGGUCCAAAUAGCCGAAAAUUGAGGCUUAGAGUGCGUCCAAAUGGUUUAAGGUCCACGGACCGUAGUAGAAAUAAGUCAUGGGAUGGAAGCCAAAGUCAAGUGGAGGAGGUUUCAUUUAGUGACAAAAGAUCUGGCCGGAAGAAACUACGUUCUGGUCACCGCAAAGGCAGUGGUACUAAAGAUACUUUCCAGGAAGCAAUAUUCUGCAAAAUGAUGAAUUCAAAUGCAGAGUGCAACCUGUCGGAGAAGCUGCAUUUGCCUUCAGCUAUGACAGUCAGCAAGAGUGCAACUUCUGUUGUUGAUUUAGCUAUGCAUACUGCACAUACCGGUGAAGCUAAAGCUUCUGAGUCUUCUAUUGACAUAAUUCAGAAGUCAAUUUUUGAAAGCAAUGAGACUUUAUUUCCUGACCAAGAUGCAUCUUAUAUACAGGAAAGUUCAGUCCUACUCACAGCACCUUCGCAAUGUCAUCUACCUGAAUCAGAAUCAUCAGAAAGCUCCAGGGAUGGCCAUCCUAGUCCUGUUUCAGUUCUGGAGGGGCUCACUUUUACUGAGGAUUCCCUCUCUGGUUCUGAAUCCUUAGAGACAGUCAGUGCCAAAAUAAACGAUCUACGCAUGAAAAUUCAGCAACUGAAAAAGAAGUCCCCAUAUUGUGAUGCAGAUGCGGCUGCAGAUUACUUUAAUGAUUUUCCACAACCUGAAAUGUUAAUUGUUGAAGAGGAGAAAUGCAUGGAGAUGUCCCCAAGCAGAUGGGAAACUUCCUACAUAAGUGAUGUGCUGAUGGAUUCUGGUUUUAAGGAGUCAGAACCUGAUGCCUUCAUUGCAACUUCCCACUCUCUAGACUUCCCUCUCAGCCCCUCCACUUUUGAGAAUAUGGAGAAAAAGUACAGCCUCAAAGAAGGGGGGGCAUCUGUUGUUAUAUCAAGGCAUGACAGGAGACUCUUAUUUGACCGAUUGAAUCUGGCUCUUUUGGAGAUUCUCCAGCAGUAUGUAGACCCCUGCCCUUGGUUGCAGCAGAGAAGCGUUGUUAAUGAUUUGGGUUGCAAGAGACAACCCAAAGUCGCCGAUGCUUUGCCUCGCUUGCUUGCGGACCAGGCUAGUUUGUCAAACAGUGAUACAUCUGAGCGGAUUCUGGAUCGGGAAAUGUGUUGGUUGGAUGUUAGAGUUGACAUCAACUUAAUUGGUAAGGAUGUUGAGAAAUCAAUUGUUGACGACCUGAUCACAGAAAUGUUAAUGCUGUAGAGAUUAUGAAGCAGGCAGUAGGUGGAAAAUGAAUCAUUUACGUAGAUGAUGAUGUUAGAUGGACAAUAAUAAGUGCAUACACCUGGUAGAUGAUGUUAGGUGAAGAACCUUUAAUUGUACCCGGCAGAUUGAAUGACAGAACUUCAUCAAUCCGAUGAAGUGUUUCACCUGGUACUAAACCAUAAUAGAUAUUUGUGCAAAUACGCCCAUAUCUUGGUCUCCUGCUCUUGAUAAAAUUCUGCAAAAUUUCAUCCUAAAAACUAACAUGGAACUUGUGCAAUGGUCAACACUUAACAUCAGCUAGGGCUGGACACCAUUCUGGACUUCUGGUUACAGCCCAGUUCCAAUUCCUGGUCACGUAAAGGGUAAAACCGAACCAUAACAAUGUCUACCUGGUCUGGUUCUAAGAUUGCUUAGGACUGGUUUCUUAGCCUAUAACAAACUGGAACUCUGGAAGCGGUCUGAUUGUAACUAGAAAGUGGCUUGGACUUGUUUCUCGGUACCAGAUCUGGUAUGGAACCAGAAAUCUAGUUCGGUCUCCUGGUUAAACCCGGGGUCAUGAACCAUAACUGGGUACACCCAUAGGACCAGCCUUUUUGGCAACUUAUACCAGGAACUGCAUGAGCGGUAUACCACUUUACCAAAUGAUAGCUUGUUAGUUGUAGAUCAUCAUCUGCUCCCCUGCUUACUAAUUGCAAUGCAUUACUAAAUUAACCUAGCCUGCCAAUAUUUUCUGUAACAUCAACAAUAGAUGAAGUCUUUUGAAUCACUCACAUCUAGGAACAAACAAUCCUACAAAAUUGCGUUUCAAUGCAUGAAGCCCACAAUGUUUGUGUGAUUGUUCCUUCAAAGUUUUCGUUCCAAGCAAAUUCAGCAAACUGUGAUUCGGGUAAAUUCCAAUUGGUUCAAUUUCAUCAAUUAAAUGCACAGCGGAAUCACAAUCUGCUGCUUUUUUGGUGAAAGGAGACCUUGAAAUUGGACAUUCAGGCCCCAUCAAAAGCCUUCAUUCACAGGGAACCAAAACAGGACAUAACUUCAUAGAGUAGGCAAAAUAGUGAGUGAAAGAGUUAAUUUUGUAGAUACAUUUUUGUAAGUCUACUUUUUUUUUUUUUUUAAGUUGGGAAGCCUUGCUUUGGAUGUGAAGUUGAGGCUCAUAAUAUAACCGUUCAUAAUUAAUCACAUCUUAUAUAUCCG